ACCACCGCACGCCGUUUGCUGUGUGUUGUGUUUUGAGAGAGAGAGAAGAGCUACGAGAGAAAGGGAAGAAGCAAAGCUCUCCUCUUGGAUUUUUUUUUUUUUUUUUUUACCGGAGCGCUGUCCUUCCUUUCUCACUCUUGCUGUUUGUGAGUGGGGGAGGCCCGGGGUGGACACACACAAUGGGGCGAGGAGCCUGUGGCUGCUGGGCCGUUGUGCUGCUGCUGAGAGGGGGAGGGGGUAGAGCGAAGGAGACCGGCACACACAGCUAACUCAGCCAGCCGGCUCCAGUCAGGCCUCCACAGGCAUAAUCUUACCCCGAUCCCUUGUCCCUUUUCUGUUGUUUUUAAUUUUUUUUAAUUUUCAAGGAAUACCCAUCACUUAAGCCUGGAUCAAUGGAUUAAUCAUGUGUGGAUUAUUGUGGAUGGAUUUUGUGAAACGGAACUAGAUUGGAACCUUAAACAGAACCGAUCUCUCUUCCUGUGUGUGUGGGAAAAGGAGAGAAAGGGAGCCAAACUUCUCCUGUUUUAAAAUUUUUUUUUUGCUUUGUGUUGAGGGAAGCUUCUAGAUGGAUUACAAGAUGCAUGCCAAGUCUAACGAUCUGCUGGAUUUUCAGACUCUGGAUGCUCUUUUGGAAAAAAUGGCACAUUAUUCUUCGGUCUCUGUGAAAAGAGAGGCUAGUGAGGAGUGCAAUGGAAUCAGCGGUGCUCUCUCAGUGGAGUCGUCCGCGCCGCCGUCGAGACUGAACAACUGGUGUCCCGCGGCCACCGCCGCCCCUACCCCAACCCUUACCCCUGCUCCGGCCCCUGUGCCCGCGCCCCCAGUCACCUCCACAAGAAUGGGGGACGGCCUGGAUGCAACCACAGUGCAGAUGUCUUCGUCAGGCAGCAGUAGCAGUAGCCAGGGGGGGCAGCCCCAGCCCUCCACCUACGUACCCACCGUGCCAGAGUUUAACCCACCGCCCCCGGAGUACAUCAACCCGUCGCAGCCCAAGCGGCAGACCAACCAGCUGCAGUACCUGCUCAAGGCGGUGCUGAAGACCCUGUGGAAGCACCACUUCUCCUGGCCCUUCCAGGCACCUGUCGACGCCGUCAAACUCAACCUGCCGGACUACUACAAGAUUAUUAAAGUUCCUAUGGAUAUGGGAACAAUCAAGAAGCGACUUGAGAACAGCUACUACUGGAACGCCCAAGAAUGUAUUCAAGACUUCAACACCAUGUUCACCAACUGCUACAUUUACAACAAGCCUGGAGAUGACAUAGUGUUAAUGGCUGAGCAGCUGGAGAAGAUGUUUCUGCAGAAGAUUACUGAGAUGCCCCAGGACGAGACGGAGAUUGCUGUCAUGACCGGCAAGGGUCGAGGCCGGGGCCGACGGGAAGGAGGUCUGAACUUGAAGCCAGGCCCGACUAUGGAUUCUCCGUCCACCACCCCCCAGACACGGGGCUUCUCCAGCCACUCCCCAGGCCCCCAGACCAGAGGACCACCAGUGCAGCAACAGACCCAGGACCAGGGGCCUCCAUCUCUACCUCCUCAGCCCCUCAUGCAGGCCCUGCCCUCCCGCGUGCCCCCAACGCUACCUGUCCACACCCAUGCCCACGCGCCACAGCUCGGGGCCCCCUACUCACUGGGCCCGUCGGACCUGCCACUCCAGGCCCCUCCUAAGCUCCCUAUCAUGACCACCGUGCCUCCUCCCCCCACCCAGACCACCCUGCCCCCCACGUCCAUUCAGAGCACCGUCCCCAUACUGCAGAACCCUGUGCCCAUGGCCAAACAGAGAAAGAGCCAGAAAAGGAAAGCCGACACGACCACCCCCACGGCCAACGACCAGCUGAGCGAGUCUUCUCCGGCUGAGUCCAAGUCGGGCAAGACGCUGCCGCGGCGAGAAAGCGCCAGGCCCACCAAGCUUCUCAAGAAGGAGGCUCCGGACUCCCAGCACCACCUGGGCCUCGGGAUAGGUCUCGGUCUCGGGGGACCCAGGACCAGGGUAGGGGCUCAUAGCCCCAAGCAGCAGGAGCAGCUACGGUACUGCUCCAGCUUGGUCCGAGACAUGUUACAUAAGAAGCACGCUGCCUACGCCUGGCCCUUCUACAAGCCAGUCGACGUGGACAUGCUGGGGCUGCACGACUACCACGACAUCAUCAAACACCCCAUGGACCUCGCCACCGUCAAGGUGAAGCUGGACAACCGGCAGUACAGAGACGCCCAGGAGUUUGCUGCCGACGUGCGGUUAAUGUUCUCCAACUGCUACAAGUACAACCCACCCGACCACGAGGUGGUGGCGAUGGCACGCAAACUACAGGACGUGUUUGAGAUGCGCUUUGCCAAGAUGCCAGACGAGCCCGAGGAGACGCUGGCUUCGGCUCCUGCCCCCGCGCUGCUCCAGUCCUCUGCCCCCAUCAUCAAGUCCCAGCCGCCGCCCAUCCUAAACCCCUCCUCCUCCAUUCUAGGUCCUGCCUCCUCGGUCAAACACCCCGCUUCCUCCUCGGACAGCUCCAGUGAUUCGUCAUCGGAGUCGGAAUCGUCCACGAACGACUUGGAGGAGGAGAGAGCCCAGAGACUGGCCGAGCUACAGGAACAGCUCAAAGCUGUCCAUGAGCAGCUGGCGGCCCUCUCGCAGCCACAGGCCAACAAACCAAAGAGGAAAGAGAAGGAGAAGAAGAAAGACAAGCACAAAAGGAAAGGAGCGGUGGAGGAGAUCCCGGAGCCGGCCAUUCAGUUCCCCAAGAAGACCAAGAACAACAGCAGCAGCAACAACAACAACAAGGAGCUCCUGCCCAAGAAGACCAAGAAACCCAGUAAGAAGGAGGGAGGUGCGGUGAAGAACAACCGCUCCUCAGCCCUGGGCCCUCAGGCAGCGCAGCAGCCCCCAGCUCUGCAGCCCGUAUCUGGCUUGGGGGAGGGCCUGGAGGAGGACCCGGCUGCAGCCGGAGCCCCCGGGGAGAAGGGUAAGCCCAUGUCGUACGAGGAGAAGAGGCAGCUGAGUCUGGACAUCAACAAGCUGCCCGGCGACAAGCUGGGACGUGUGGUCCACAUCAUCCAGUCCAGAGAGCCCUCGCUGAAGAACUCCAACCCCGACGAGAUCGAGAUCGACUUUGAGACGCUCAAGCCGUCCACGCUGAGAGAGCUGGAGAGAUACGUGUCGUCGUGCCUCCGCAAGAACAAGAAGAAGGUUCCUGUGGCAGAGAAGACCAUGGAGGCCAUGACGGCCGCCAAGACCAAGGCCAGCUCCUCCUCUGACUCGGACAGCAGCGACUCCAGCUCCUCAGACAGUGAUGAGGAGAAGGGAGUGGCUCCUAAACAGAAACAGAAGAAAGGCCACGGGACCAACGAAGGGAAGAAGCCCCAUCUCCACCAUGCCAUGUCUGGAGCUGGUCCGGUCCCCCAGGGCCACCCUCACGCCCAGGCUCCUGUCCUGCAGCCCAGCAUCCACCUGAAGCAACAGCAACAACCCCUCCCCGCCACCUACAUGGCCCCUCCUCCCCCGGUAACGGUCACGGCGUUGGAGUCCUCCCAGCUGCUGGAGAACACGUUUGAUUCGCUGCCCCACUUCGGCCAGCAGCCCCUCAUGCACCUGUCCCAGCACCACCACUCCUCGUCGCCUGCCGUGCCCCCCCACCUCAACGCUCAUUCCGCAGCAGGGCCCGUGUCCCCGGAGACGCACCCAUUUCUCAACCAGCACCCCAUUCUCCCCAACCCUAACCCAGCUUUGCACAACGCCUUGCCCCAGCAGCCGUCUCGACCCAGCCACAGGGCAGCAGCUCUACCUCCCAAACCCCCCCAGCAGCAGCAACCAGCGCCCCAGCCAACCCUACAACAACAACAACAACAACAACAACAACUUCAGCCACAAGCCCCUCCACCCCAGCACCACCUCCCGCCCCACAUCCUCCACCCCACCCCUCAGUCCCUGCAGCAGCGGCCCUUGUCCCCCCCCACCCUCACCCCUCAGGGCCUGCUGUCCUCCCAGCCCCAGAUGCUCCUGGAGGACGAUGAGGAGGUAAUUCCACCCUUACCUCAGAUGCAUCUCUACCUGCAGCAGGGACAGAGCCAGGGACAGAGCCAGGGAAGACCUGGCCAGCAACCACACAAUCCCCAGCAGAUUAUGCAGUCUCUCCAGGUUCGCCAACAACAGAACCAGGCUCCCCUCCUGCAGUCUGUACAGGUCCAGACCGCCUCUCUUCAGCCCCCCCAGCUCUCAGUCCAGCCUCCCCAGUCCCAGUCCAAGCCCAUCCCCCCCUCGCGCCAGAUUCUACCCCCGCACCAAGUAGCCCGCCACCUGCAGCAGCAUGCCCAGAUGGGUUACCCCUCCCAGGGGCCGGUGGCACAGCAGACGGGUCACUCAGACAGGCAGGCCGCUGCAGGGCAACACAAGGGGUCAAUGCAGGCCUCCUCCAAAGCACAGCACAUCAUCCAGCAACAGCACACCUCCCCUCGACAGAUCAAGGCUGAUCCAUAUAACAGUGGGCACCUAAGGGAGAACCCCUCCCCCAUCAUGAUGCAUUCCCCCCACCUCCCCCAGUAUCCCCCCAUAACGCACCAGUCUCCGCCACACAACCUGCAGCCCAAGAAAGAGCAGCGUGCACCCCCGGCCCUGGUAGCCUUGAAAGAAGAGAAGUUGCCUCCCUCUCCGGUGAUGAGAGGAGGAGAGCCCUUCAGCCCAGCCAUGAGACAAGACCCUCACAAACACCCAGACAGCCACAGCAAGCCCUCUCUACCAGGCCACGCACAGCAGAAUGUGAAGUCGAUGGACAGCUCAAGGCCGGUCAUCCGUUCCUCAGAGCCCAGCGGUCCUCCCUCCUCCUCCUCCUCCUCCUCCCUGCCAGACAAGGACAAGUUCAAACAGGAGCCCAAAACGCCCAUCGCCCCCAAAAAGGUACAGGAUGUGAAACUGAAGAACAUGGGUUCGUGGGCCAGCCUGGCCCAGAAGUCCACGUCAGCGCCCUUGUCUGCAGUGAAGUCGUCUAGCGACAGCUUCGAGCAGUUCCGCCGGGCAGCCCGGGAGAAAGAGGAGAGAGAAAAGGCUCUUAAGGCCCAGGCAGAGCAGGCUGAGAGGGACAAACUGCGCCGGGAGCAGGAGAAACUACGGGGUCGUGACCGGGAUGAUGAGGAUAUCCUGGAGCCUCAGCAGCAGUCGAGGAGGGUUCACGAGGAGCCUCGAAGCAGACGUCUGGAGCAGCAGCAACACAUCCCGGCCCCCCAGCCCCAGCAGCAACCCCAGGCACCAACCCCCCAGGCCCAGCCCGCUGCCCUCCCCCAGCCGCCACAGGCCCCCACACCGCCCCAGCCCUCAGCCCAGGACCAGCAGAGGGAGCUAGCGCGACGCCGCGAGCAGGAGAGGAGGAGGAGAGAAGCGAUGGCGGCGACCAUCGACAUGAAUUUCCAAAGCGACCUGAUGGCCAUCUUUGAGGAGAACUUGUUCUAGUGACGAGAGAACCCCCAGAAACUUAACACUGAAACAAGAACACAUAACAGAAUAAUGAAUAUGGAAUUGAACAUUUCUUAUGAAAUGGGGGGGUUUAAUGAACCAAGAUACAGGAUGUGAAUUAAACAACCCCCCCCCCCCCCAAAGCAGAUAGUGAUCUUCAGCUAGACUGGCGAGCUACUCGGCUGUUAGCUGCUCUGCUAUGCAGCCUCUGGAUGUACGAUGCCACAUUGAAGGAGCGACAUAAACAGGAUAUUUUCAACCACGUUUGGUGUCGUUUCUCUGGGGAUUUGACCCUUGUUGCCCCUGGCAACAUGACAUGGGGGAAAGGACUCUGGGUGGUUAUGUAAUUUCACACCUGUUUGAUACUUUCACACGGGACAGAGCGAAGGAGAACAAUCUUGUAAAUGGAAGUGAAAGACGAUAAUGGAAAAACGCAAAGUACCUAUGCGUAUCUACGGACCGAGACUGGGGUGUUCAUAUAGACUGCCAGACAAGAGGAGAGGCAGAAUAAAUAUUUUUAUGUAAUCUGUUUUUUGUUUUGUUAGAGAGAACACAUGUAAGGAAAUGUUGGGGACAGGUGUGUGUGUAUAAGCGGGGGACUUCAACUUCUGACGUGUUCUUUUUCCAGGAGAGGAGGUACAGUACAGCUUUGCCUUCUGCCUCACUCUUGUCCUUUGUCCACACACACAUUAGAUAGGCCUCUCUCUCCCUUGCCUGGGCAUAUGAACAAACCAGUAACAACAAAGUAUGGAACAGUCCGCCGGCAGUGGGAGGGAGAAAGCAGAAUUAAAUGCAGAUUUCUUUUUUCCUUAUGUAGGAUCUACUGUAAAGAGGUAUUUUCUUAUUCUAUGAUUACUGUUUAUUUGUUUUGUUUUUGUAUAUAUUUUUGUCCCUCCCUCCCCAACACACUUGCCCCACUGUCUAUGCCAAACAACCAUUACCUUUUUAAUGCUGAACUCCUCCCACUUCUCCUUUAAAACAAAAAAAGCUUCUUUGUUCAUAUAACGUGUUUUUUUUCCUUAAUAUAUAAAUAGAUUUUCCCCCCCGUGUCCUCGUCACCCCUCUUCAAACAAAGCGUUUAGGUAGUUUUUUUAAGAGGAUAAAACCUAAUAUAUGCAUUAUUCCAUCAAGUGUUAAUUAAUUAAAGAACCAUUUGAAGUUG